UCAGUUCUUACGAUGAUGACAACGAAGAGACUGGGCAGCUUUCAGGUUCUGUGUGAGUGGGAUUCAUGCGACUUUACUGGACACAGUAUGGAGGAAUUGAGCGAUCAUAUGUAUCUGCAUUUGAAGGACUACCUCGGAGACAAAGAUGCUCUAGAGGAGCUGGAUGAGUUUGCUUGUCUCUGGAGCAGAUGUGAAUUUGUUUCCAUGGGCAGCCCUUCUGAACUCGAGGUACAUGCAUAUUUCCACAACUACCACAGUAAACUCAAGUUUAUUGGCUCUCAGCUGCUCAAGUCCCGCUCUGACCUACCGGGCUGCAACCAAGGUGUGCACAGCAGCAACCUGCUGCCUGAAGGCUCCGACCAGUUCGCUUGCCAGUGGGAGCAUUGUGAUAGCACAUUUAACAAUCCUGAGUGGUUCUACCGACACGUGGACAACCAUGUGGAAAGUGCUGAGCAGCAAUCUCUUUCCCAUCAGCAGGCACUCUUCUGCAGCUGGGCAGGCUGUGACGCCUUCUUCAAGAUUCGGUAUCGGCUGAGGGAACACAUGAGGAGCCACACUCAGGAAAGACUCGUUGCCUGUCCCAUGUGUGGCAGCAUGUUCUCCAGCAACACGAAGCUGUUCGACCACCUCCUCAGGCAGGCUGAGCCGAUAGAGUCUCUGGUGUGUGAACAUUGUGGCAAAGCGUUUUCCAGUGAGAGACUGUUGAGGGAUCACGUUCGUCAGCACGUGAACCAGGUGAAGUGUCCUCUCUGUGACAUGACCUGCACCACUUUGGCUGCUCUAAAGAUUCACAUCAGGUUUCGUCACUGUGACGAGCGGCCCUUUCCCUGCGACUUCUGCGACAAAAGAUUUAAGAACCAGCGGGAUCUCCAGAAACAUGCAGAGGUUCACAAUGAGGGCACAGUGUAUCACUGCACGGUGGAGGGAUGUUCGUACUCAUGUCACACUUUCCAAACCAUGAACUACCACUUUAAGAGAGCUCAUGAGGUUGGGGGGACGUCCAAAUAUAAAUGUCACAUCUGUGAUAAAGUCUUCUCCUGGUGUUACACUCUCACACUUCACCUCCGUAAGAAGCACGAGCUGAAAUGGCCUUCUGGACAUUCCCGCUUCAGAUACAAGAAGGACCUGGACGGCUUCCUGAAACUCAACAUGGUGCGCUUUGAGACCGUCGAGGUGACGAAGGAGAUCAUGAAGAACAUGGCCAAAAAGCCGCAGAACCAACGACAAAGUCAAAGAUCCAGCAGCCAGAGGGCCGCCGUGACGCCGGAGAGCGGCCGGAGCUCUCCUGCAGGUUCCUCCUCGCCCUCCUCCAGCUCCUCCUCCUCGUACUCCUCAGACCUCUCCGGAGGGGAGGACAUGUCCUCUCAACACAGCCCCAGAGGCAGAGACUCUCCGGUGUACUGCGUGAUGAGCACCAUUCCUCACGUGGAGGACGAGCCUGGAGGACCAUCACAGGAGGACUGUGACGGCGGGGGGACUUCUGGAGCCGUUCAGGCUCUGACGGAGGUCGCCAGGGGCCUCGGCAUGGAUGUGGUUUGAAAAUGUGCAGCUGCUGUUUGUUCGUUUUACAAAAAUUGGCAUGGAGCCGUUUUUUUUUUUUUUUAAUUGUGAAAAAGUUCCUGCAGUGUUCGUGUUCUCAGCUUUGUCACGACUUCGGCUGAUAAAUGCAGCUUUUUUAUGAAAGCCACAAGAAGACCAGCUUCAGAGAACGUGCUUCAGGCGCCACG